GCUUCGUCUGUCCCAACUCAUUCGACCAUGCCUAAACACUACUGUGACUAUUGCGAUGUCUUUCUGACUCACGACUCUGCCUCUGUACGCAAGGCACACAACAGUGGACGUAACCACCUUGCUAACGUCCGGGAUUACUAUGCGUCGCUGGGUCACGAUAAGGCUCAAAGCAUCAUUGACCAAAUUACAGCUGCUUACGAAAGUGGAGGUGGCCCCCCUCCUGGAGGCUUUGGCUUCGGUCCUCAGCAUCUGGGGCCCGCUAUGCCACCGUUUCCUGGUCCUCCGGGUGGAUUUAAUGGACCACCAGGUGGUUACGGAGGACCUCGGCCGCCUUUCCCUCCAGGCCCGGGAGGUUCCAUGCCACCGCCUGGCAUGAUGCCUUCCGGUGGUGCGCCUCCCUUCCCACCCGGUGGCAUGCCUCCUCCGGGGAUGGCUCCUCCGGGCGGAUUCCCUCCUGGUGGCCCCCCUCCCUUUGCUCCCAAUGGUCCUUCCGGUGGUCCUCCAUUCUCUCCCGCUAACUUUGGUCCUGGUCCCAAUGGGCCACCCAACGGGCCCCCCUCUCAAAUGCCUCCCCCCCACAAUGGACCUGAUGGCAACCCAGGCGCCGGGGGCAUCCACCCAGAUAGGUUGCGCAUGAUGGGCAGCCGGUAAAUUGAUGUUUGUCGGCAUACACUGACGCUCAAUGUAGCCUUAAUGUCGGGUAUGUUAUGCGCGUUGGUACGUAUAUGCAAGUAAGGUUAAUACAGUCUUGUGUUUCAUUACCCCCGGUCGUGUAAGACAUGCUUUCUGCUAAUCAAGAUAUAUGAUUGGCUUCUCGGACUAUGGUUGGGCAGGUUUACUUUAUUGCGGGUUGCUCGAGCUGUAUGGCGAGAAUUAUUAUCUCGACACCCC